CAUUGGCUUUGACAGAUAUUUAUCUCCCAGCAACAGAAAGAAAAUGGUUUUUAAUGGCAUGGUAGUUGGGCUCUUUUUUCUAUUUCAGAUUGUAUUUGGUGUUCUGGGGAAUUCAUUCCUCCUGGGCCUUUAUACCAUCAUCUUCUUCAUUGGUCUCAGAGUGAGGCCCAUUGACUUGAUUCUCUGCCACUUGGCCUUUGUCAAUAAUUUGGUGCUUCUCUCCAAAGGGAUCCCACAGACAAUGGUUACUUUGGGGCUCAACAAUUUCCUAAAUGAUAUGGGAUGUAAAUUUGUGUUUUACCUUCAUCGAGUGACACGAGGCCUUUCUCUCUGCACCACCAGCCUCCUAAGUGGUUUCCAAGCCAUCACUUUAAGUCCCAGAAGCUCCAAGUUGUCAAAAUUCAAAGUCAGAGUCCCAAAAUGUAUGGCCCUGUUUUGUCUUUUGUGCUGGACUUUUCAUCUGGUGACAAAUUAUUAUUAUUUUUUAUAUUUCAAAGCCCAAAUGGGAAGCAAUAACACCACUGAAAGAAUUGAUUUAAUUUAUUGUACUGCUACAAUUGAUGUUUUAUUUAAUUAUGCACUAUAUGUAUUAAUAAUUUCUCUUCCUGAUGUUUUUUGUAUAGUAAUCAUGGCAGGGGCCAGUGGAUAUAUAAUUUUUGUCUUAUACAGACACCACCAGAGAGUCCAAUAUAUACAUGGGAAUAAUCUCACACUUAUUAGAUCCCCUGAGACCAGAGCCACCCAAAUCACACUGUUGUUGGUCUGCAUGUUUGUAUCUUUUUACUCUCUGAAUUCUGUUUUAAUAUUGCAUCUACAAUUUGGGAAGCCAAUUUUCUGGCUGAUUCAUGUCUCUACCUUCCUGUCUGCCUGUUUUUCAGCUUGUAGUCCCUUUGUUCUAAUUGUCAGUGAUUCUCAAAUCCCCAAAUGCAUCUUGAUUCUUUGGAAUAGGAUAAAUGUAAUGGGCUGA